AUGUCAUGUCACCAUCCCAGCCUGAGCAUUCUUGAGCAGACCAGGAAUAACACUUAUGGUGCAACUCGGGUGCCCAUUGUCCCACUUUUCGUUCUGCUUGGGAUCAAGUUCCUUUACUGCAUGGCAGUCUUCGGUCUUGCAAUAGCGGCAUAUCAAUUCACCAAUCCUUCCGAGUCACAAUCAGUGAAAGAGAGACUUUCGGUCAAGGGUUUGGCGGCGACGUGCUUUGCCGAGGCCAACACACAUCAACAAGUCGCGGUGCAAAAUGUCGAGCAACUCUUCCAGCAACCAAAAGCCCAAGAUGCUGAAGCUGCACCGACGCCUGAGGUGAAGGUUGGGAUGGUCAUGACUGAGCUGGGCGGAUGGGCCUUUGUCAAAUUGGCAGCUGGAAAGGUCCUUCAGACGGUUGCACCGAUUGUCCAAGCAGACGUUAUGGCAGUGGCUAAAGGCGGUCAAUUUGGCAGUGAUGGGCAAAGCGCUGCAGGUUGGAUCUCAUUGUACAUACCUCACCCAACCUCUAUACAAAAAAUGUCUUCAUCAGGCGGCAGCGCACCCGGCGAGUUCGCCCACGGCAAAGUCGAUCCCAGCGAGGCCGGGAAGAAGGGUGGUCUGGCAAGUGGAGGUGGCACCAGCGAUUCGGGUUCUUCUGGACAAAGCACUGGCAGCAGUGGCAACUCGGGAAGUGGAGGCAGUGGAAAGGGAGAGUUUGCCCAUGGGAAAGUCGAUCCAUCUGAGGCCGGGAAGAAGGGUGGGAGUGCAUCUUAA